AUGAAACAGUAAAGAGAUAGUCUGUUUUUCUAAUCAUAAUUAUAUGUUGCAGAAUUAAGCGAACCAUUGACAAUAUUGUAGUUUUUAGAAAAAGAUGAAAUUGAAAGUUAGAAACAAUCAAGUCAUCAUGAUAAAUUAGAAAUCUCAAAUAAAAGUGAUAAGAAAGAGAAUUCAAACAAAAGUAGGCUUUAGCUGUAAUAAUCUAGUUUAUAGUACACAGAGAAACAAAGAAAAAUCCUUAUGGAUCUGGUUGGGCGAAUAAGGUAUUAGAAAAACAAUUCGGUGUUCAUUUAUAGUAAAUUGCAUAAAGAACAGGACCAAAAUGGAUUAUAAAAAAAUUAAAACCUGUAGAAACAAAUGAUUAAAAAGAGUUUGAACAUCCUCGUUUAAUGAAAGUACAUCAGCAAUUUAAAUGAUUUAGGAUUUCUUAUCUCAGGAGAAGAAAAUUCGAUAAACAGCCUCAAAAUCUUAUAGAAGAAGAAUUGAAAAAAAUGUUUAAGAGUAAAAACAAUCUUUUAAUGAGAUUCCUCUAUUUGAUCCAAAUUUCUAAAUAAAUUUGCAGUAGUACAAUUUAUGA